AUGAUUUUGGCAAUUUCUGCUACAGAGCUGGAAGGGAUUCGCCACAUGGAACGACUUCGAAGCGAGCAGCUGGCUUCACAUGACCAAUGGCCUGGCGAAGCUGGGGCAGUACACUACCAGAGCGCUCUACGCGACUUUCAGCUCAUUCUUGGUAAGAGCCAGGGGUCCCUAUCUCCUCAAGAAGUGGAUGAGAUCGCGACGGCAUUUUUCCUCAUGGUGACCUACGAGUAUAUGUUUGGUCAGGAUAGCGCGGCCGUAGAGGUGCAUAUUCAAGGCAUCUACACUUUCCUCAAAGCUCAUGAUUUAGUUCCGAAGCUUGGCGAACCUCGCCAAUGUGCUAGACUACCGGUACUGACGCAACAGUUAUUACUCUUUGUAAUGUAUGCGAACCUCACAAUAUGCAAGUACGGUCAUCUCCGCCAAUUGUGGGAGGAGGCCGGCCAUGAAUCCUCCUUUGUGUCUACUAUGGAUGAGCUCUUUUAUAACACCCGCACAUCACAGCAUGCGAUCUGGCCGUUUGAAUACCCGACCGAAGCGUCGUUGGAUGACAUUUCGGUCUUUCGUCCGCUGGAGCUGACCAACGAAUGCAAGAAACUGAAAUAUAAACUCUUGCGUAUGCCUCAAAGGAUACAAGUCAAACCCGAAAGCGAUCUCUUGGAUUACCUAGAGCAAGACCUACAUGGCAUUGGAAAGCGAUACCAAGAUCUGAUAGCCAUCAGCCAGCGGCCGCACUCGGACUUGCGAAACAGGCAACUGCAAACGAUCUAUUUUGCAGUUGCAGAAUAUCAUGCCACCACGAUCCUUUUCUGCUAUCGGAGGAGCUUGCUUGGGGGUAUUAACACCCCGUCCGUGUCCUCCCACGACGCAGUGAAUGGUGCAUUAGCAAUCAUUAAGGAGCUUUCAGCCGGAAGUCCGUCGUGCUUAGGAAGGGUCCACUGGCCGAUGGCCGUCCUGGCCGGGUGUAUGGAGGACUCACCAGACCGUCAGUGGAUCCGGAAGACCCUCGUAGAAUCGCAGCAUACGAUAGUCUUUCCAUCCAUGAGGGGGUGGCUUGAUGAGAUGAGUGGCCUCAACCUUUAG